AUGGCUUCCGACAAGGAGGCGGCCAACGCCCUCAAGUUGCAGGGCAACAAGGCAUUUGCAAACCAUGAUUGGCCUACUGCUGUAGACUUCUACAACCAGGCGAUCGAGAAAUAUGACCAGGAACCCUCGUUCUUUUGUAACCGGGCCCAGGCUCAGAUCAAACUCGAGGCCUAUGGCUACGCCAUCGCGGAUGCCACGAAGGCUUUGGAAUUGGAUCCAGACUACGUUAAGGCUUACUGGAGACGUGCCCUUGCCAACGCCGCUAUCCUUGAUUCCAAGGCUGCCUUGAGGGAUUUCAAGGCUGUCGUCAAGCGCGAACCCGGCAACCAAAAUGCGAGGGUGAGAUUGGCCGAAUGCGAGAAGCUUGUGCGCCGGAUGGAGUUCGAGAAAGCUAUUGAGGUUUCAGAUCCUCCGUCUGCCUUUGAAGGUCUUGAUAUCGAUGCUAUUAAGGUUGAGGAUAACUAUGACGGUGUGCACCUGGAGGGCGAGAUGACCCAGGAGUUCAUCGAUGAUAUGAUUGAACGCUUUAAGAACGGCAAGAACAUUCACCGCAAGUAUGUAUUCCAGAUUAUCAAGGCUGUUAAGGAUUUGGUCUACAACGAGCCGACUAUGGUGGAGAUUGGUGUGGAGGCUGGCAAGAAGUUGACGGUCUGUGGUGAUACGCACGGCCAAUUCUUCGAUCUUUUGGAGAUCUUCCGCCGUAACGGCAGCCCCUCCGACACUCACGCCUACCUCUUCAACGGUGACUUCGUGGACCGUGGCUCGUGGUCUUGCGAAAUCGCCCUUCUUCUAUACGCAUACAAGUGGUUGCGGCCCAACGGUCUAUUCAUUAACCGCGGUAACCACGAGACGGAUGAUAUGAACAAGGUUUACGGGUUCGAGGGAGAAUGUAAGGCCAAGUAUAAUGAGCGGGUCUUCAAGGUUUUCUCCGAGUCCUUCUCUGCCCUUCCCCUGGCUACCUUGAUUGGUAGCAAGUACCUCGUUCUUCACGGCGGUCUCUUCUCCGACGACAAGAUCACAUUGGACGAUAUCCGGAAACUCAAUCGUCACAACCAGCGCCAACCUGGCCAGUCGGGUCUGAUGAUGGAGAUGCUCUGGACCGACCCUCAAACCCAGCCUGGACGUGGACCCAGCAAGCGCGGCGUCGGUCUGCAAUUCGGACCCGAUAUCACCAAGCGAUUCUGCGAGAACAACGGCUUGGAGGCUAUCAUCCGAUCCCACGAGGUGCGCAUGGAAGGAUACGAAGUCGAGCAUGAUGGUCGCUGUAUUACCGUCUUCUCUGCACCCAAAUACUGCGACUCUACCGAGAACAAGGGUGCUUAUAUCAACCUUGGGCCUGACCUUAAGCUCCAAUAUGAGGUGUUUGACGCCGUCCCUCACCCGGAUAUCAAGCCGAUGGCGUAUGCACAGAACUCACUUCUCUCGGCCAUGUGA